AAAUGCGUGUUUUUUUUUUAAUGGACACUUAAUUUGGAAAAAUAAAUAAUGAAUUACAUAAUAAAAAAUAAAAUUUUUUGCUAUAGAGAUAAUACUUUUAAAUUUAGUAAAUAUAAAAACUCGAAUUUGAUAUUUUUUAUUUUUAAAAAUAUUUUUAUUGUGAAUUUGAAGUUCUUUAUUAUCGUAUUUGAAAAUUUUAAUUAUUUUUUUAUAAUUCUCAAAUAUGGAAAAUUUAAAACUGUAAAAAAAACAAAUUAAAUAUUUAAAUUUUUUUAGCAUUUGUUUCUCAUUUUGUGAAUGCAUGAUAAAAUGAAGGUUUAAAUCGAAAAUUAUGAGGUAAUUAGACUAGAAAGUUCAAAAUAGAGCUUAAGUGAACAUCAUGAAAAAACACGGGGGCCAAAUUGAAUUUUCGUAAUAGAAUACAGGGAGAGGAGGAGAGCUGCAAAGCCCGCUUCCACAGCUGCGCCCUAUUCCCACGCUAACUCUAGUGUUUUUGCACUCGAGAGAGAGAGAGAGAGAGAGAGAGAGAAGUCUAGCAGGGAAGAUAGCUCUAACAGAAAGAGAAAGGAAGUGCUUCAACAUCGACCAACGGCGACAAUUUUGGUGUCUUCUCCAUUUUUUUUCCCUGUACGGUAUGAUUCCACACAUACCAUUUCUUUUUCGUUCAUCAAAGGACAACAAAACCCAUCUUUUCCCUUCAAUUUUCUCUCAUUUCUCUUUUCUGGGUCCUUUACCCAUUUUCUUUCUCAGGGGUAUUCUCCUCUCGGUGGGUUGGAUUUGGUUAUGACCUGGCUUUGUUUGUGUUUUCUUUCAUUGAGUUGAUUUUUGUCGUUGUAACUUAUAAGCAAUGUGAAGAUGGAAAAUGUGGUAGAAAUUUUGAAACAAUUUAUGGGUCAUAUCAUGAACUUGAAUCUCUCUAUAGAGAUAUUUAAUUUUCUCUGUGAGGAAUUUUAGCCAAUGCAAAUAACAGUAAUGAUUACUAGCUCUACCCAUGUGUAUUUUAUUCACCUUUCUGUUUCUAUUUAUAUCUGGUCCGGAGAUUGAUGCUCAUAGUUUCUCCUACUUGUUUUUCUCUUAGCCUCCUGGGGAUGUGUGUUUGGCAUUCCAUAUUGAUUUGACGUUUGUUAGGAGAUAUUGCUGAUUUUUUUCUUGAUUACCAAUGGCUGAUAAGCAUGUCUCAUCUCUUGGGGUUGUUUCUAGGAAAUAUUUGCUUUGCUUGUUCUCAUUUAUUUUGGCCUUGUUCCUGUUAUCUUGGUUCCUUGUGCUACGUUCCACAGGCCGCCCUAACUCUAUUGAUCAUAGUUUGUUAACCAAGCCAUUUCAUUCUAUAAUCAACAAUGGUAGUUCCCCUUCCUGGGAUCAGUAUAAUGUUGAACUCCCAUUGGGUAAUAGAGAAGGAGAAGGAGAAGAUGAAGAAACACCCCGAGAGAAAGUUGCUGUGAAAGAGGUCAAAUGCAAUACCCAUAACGAGAAUAGCAAAGAACCCCUUAAGGUUUACAUGUAUGAUUUGCCACCAGAGUUUCAUUUUGGGCUCUUAGGCUGGACUCCACAAGGGGAUAGUGUUUGGCCUGAUCUUAGAACUAAAAUACCUGCAUAUCCAGGUGGGCUGAACUUGCAACAUAGUAUAGAAUAUUGGCUUACAUUGGAUCUUCUUGCUUCAGAAACUCCUGGUUUUCCCAGAGCUGGUGGUGCUAUAAGAGUCCGAAAUUCUAGUGAAGCUGAUGUCAUAUUUGUACCAUUCUUUUCUUCAUUAAGUUAUAAUCGAUAUUCGAAGGUAAAUCCACAUCAAAAGAAGAGCAAGAACAAAUUGUUGCAAGAGAAGCUGGUAAAGUUUGUGACAUCACAAAGGGAAUGGAAGAGGUCGAGGGGACGAGACCAUGUCAUCUUGGCUCACCAUCCAAAUAGCAUGUUAAAUGCAAGGAUGAAGCUAUGGCCAGCAAUGUUUAUACUUGCAGACUUUGGAAGGUAUCCCCCCAGUAUAGCAAAUGUUGAAAAAGAUGUAAUCGCACCUUACAAACAUGUAAUCAGAAGCUACGUCGAUGACUUGUCUAACUUUGAUAGCCGCCCAAUAUUGUUAUACUUUCAAGGAGCCAUAUACAGGAAAGAUGGCGGCCUUGCUCGGCAAGAAUUAUUUUACCUUCUAAAAGAUGAAAAAGAUGUGCAUUUUCAAUUUGGGAGUGUUCAAAAGAAUGGAAUCAACAAAGCUUCCAAGGGAAUGCACUCCUCGAAAUUUUGCCUCAAUAUUGCAGGUGACACUCCCUCAUCAAACCGUCUUUUUGAUGCCAUUGCUAGCCAUUGUGUUCCAGUCAUCAUCAGUGAUGACAUUGAGCUCCCUUAUGAGGACGUUCUUGACUACUCUCAAUUCUGCAUAUUUGUUCGUACAUCAGAUGCCAUCAAAGAAAAGUUCCUCGUGAAUAUGAUAAGGGGCAUUGGGAAGGAUGAAUGGACUCGAAUGUGGCAGAAAUUAAAAGAGGUGGAACAUUUCUUUGAGUUCCAAUACCCAUCAAAGGAAGGUGAUGCUGUUCAAAUGAUAUGGCAGGCUGUGGCCAGGAAGGUCCCUGUCAUGAGAAUGAAAAUACACAGGUCCAUGAGAUACUCACGGUCUCUUAUCCACAACAAUAGAGAAUUGAGAACAAUACCAACUCCCAGCAAUUUUUGGUGAGGGGGAAAUUAACAUGUCUUGGCAAUGAACUCAUAGCUUUUCAUGAGACAUUAAUUCUAGGUUUUGCUGCUUAGAAAGGUGAGAGUUUCAAUGCAUUCUCUUAGAUGAGAAUUGCAAUCUGUACUCACUGCUGAUUUUGGAUACUCUUAUAAAACGAGAAAUAAAAUUUUUUAAGGAGA